ACAAAACCUAACACCUUACGUCAAUGUCUGAUGAUAUCAAUCAAACUUUCGACUAUGGCCUACCGGAUGAAACUGGCCUUACGAAAUCGCAGAAAGUCGCCCUGAUUGGAGCUUGGAGUAUAAUAAAAAAGGACAUUUUAGUGCAUGGAAGAAACAUAUUCGUACGGUUUUUCGAGGAAUACCCGAAUUACUUGCAUUAUUUUGAUUUCUCUCAAGACUCGGAGGCAACCGAAAUGAUUGACAAUAAAUCGUUGCAUGCCCAUUCCCUGAAUGUGAUGCUAUUUUUUGGGAUACUCAUCGAUUAUGGUCUGGAGAAUCCUGUGAUGUUCAAAUGCAGUCUCCAGAAAAUUAUCAGAAAUCAUAAAAGACGAGGUAUCACAACGACGGAUGUUGAGGUCCUUUGUGAAGUCGUUAAAAAAUACUGCCUUCAGACCCUGGAGCAUCAUCGGUCGAAAACGCUGGAUGAAGCACUUAACAUAUUUUUGCAGAACAUAGCAUUAUCUUUCGAUACACCAUCAGAACCGAAGGGAGUUGUAAUUGUUUGAUAAUUAGAGAACGUAACUGUUUCAAAUCAUUCCUCAUGUCUACCAUUUGCAAACCUUCAUUAGUGUCUGAAACACAAUAAAUAA